AUGAGUGAAGCUCAAUUUGGUGUUAGGAAUGUUAUUGGGGCUCCGGUAGCCACUACUAGGUUAUCGGAGCAAGCCAUAGUCUGCAUGCCGCCAAGAACAUCAAAGUUUACUUUGUCGGAGUGGAAGUUGAGCAACGAACAGAGAUGUAGGAAUACAGAAGAUCAACAGCAAUUAGCUGAUCGGGUUCUGGGUGAAUGCGAGAGAGUACGUGAUGAAACUGCUGAACGGGCAUCCAUCAUGAAAGCGACUUCCGAUAGACGAAUAGAAGAACGCAUUGGAGAUAUCGAAUAUAAUAAAAAGGAACUGCAAUUACAAAGGAAGGAAAUAUGCCUUGAACUUGAAGCUCUAGGUGUUUACAAGACCAGAUUGCUGGACUGCCUCUCGUCUCUGCAAACGAAUGCACUGACUAUUUGUCAGAAAUGUUUGAUGCUUAGAGAUGGACGAAUUGGUAUUGAUUUGGUGGUUGAUGAAGUAGAACAUGCUCUUCAGCAAGAAAUCACCACAAUAUUAGGAGGACAAAGUUUACUUAAACGAGCUUUAGAACAGUUGAAUGAACAGAUGCGGCGUCUUAGAUCUACUCGUUACCUUCUUGACCGAGAUUUGCAGUAUAAACAAGCAGCUAUAGAUUUAGAUAAGGGUUCUUUAUCUCUCAAGCCCACUGAUUUGUGUCUCUCUAUCUACGAGGGCUACGCUAAUCUAGAUCCAGCCAACAUAUCAGCCGAUGAAUACAAUGCCUAUUCCGCCAAAAACAUCCAGAGUGCUGCAAGAGAAGUCACCAGUGCUCGCCCUAUCCGCGUUUUCAUUGAUAUCUUAUUAAAACAGGUGAUUGACGAUCUUUGGUCCGCAUUUAAUAAAUGCAAUCACGAAUUCAAAGAGCGCAUUGAAGACACAAAGCGGACUAAAGCAAAACUUGAAGACAUGCAUAGAGAAACAACACAGAAAAUAGCGGAUAUGGAGGAAAAUAUUUUGGAAUUGCAAAAAGCUCUGUCGGCGAAAGAAGGGAAUAUAGCAUUGGCGCACACAAGACUAGGGAGAAGAGCACAAAGAAUUGGGGCUGAAUUAGUCCGGGAUCCACCAGGACAAGCUCUGUAUUACGAGUGUGAAAUGUUGCGCAAGAGUACGGAAGAAUUGCAGCAAAUGCUCCACGAAGCGACAUCCUCGCUUCGUUACUUACUCCAGACCCAGAUACAGCUAGAAGAAGAUAUCAAUGUAAAGAUGAAUACUUUGAAAAUCGAUGAAGUGGACUGUAUGACACUGCGAACAACUAUGGAUUAUCACGCCUACUAA